AUGCACAUGCCAUCCGUUCUCCUUGGCCUCACAGUCCUUAGUUGGACGACGACGACGACGACGCGGGUCGAGUGCAACAUCAUCUGGCGCUAUCAGCGAUCCGACGGCGAGCCGCAAAGGGACAUUGACUUUUCCGAGGUGAGCCCUUGUGUCCGAGCUUCCCGGAUCGCCGACUUUUCAGCACACAUGGACACCACUCGGUCCCGCACAAAUGCAAGACUAUUAUGGAUCGCAUCAACACGUGCCACGCUCGUUACCCGAAAUCGAAACGGAGCAGCAGUCGUUCAAGUUUAUGGAAGCGCCGGUGAGCGGAAUCAUCCGUAUUCCGUGUUCCGCAACGUCGCUUCGUUUCAGGUGUCGCUGAGCAAUCCGGUGUUCAAUGUGUUCUCGAAAAUGAGCGAUUUGUAUCGGUGGAUAUCGAACGAGAAGCGUUCAUCGACACUUUUACUAUACUGA